AUGCGAAAAGUGCUCGUCGAUUGUGAUCCCGGAGUUGAUGACAUCUGCGCGUUGCAAUUUCUUUUCAAUAGAAAGGAUGUCGAAGUCGUGGCAAUUACAGUUGUUCAUGGAAAUUGCGCUGCUUCAAUUGGCGCGAAAAAUGCUCUCAAACUUCUUACAUUAAAUAAUUUGCAGCAAGAAUUUUCAGGAAAAAUUCCAGUUUUUGUCGGAUCCGACGCUGUUUUGGUCGCUGAGAAUCAAGAUUGGAAGAAAACUCCUUUCCACGGGAAAAACGGGCUUUGCGACGUGACCGAAAACGAUGUCGAAAUCGACGAAUCCCUCAUCAAGCCAAACGCCGUCCAGGGCAUUUGUGACCUUUCCGCCGAAUUCGAGGGCGAAUUGGAAGUUCUAGCGAUUGGGCCAUUGACGAAUCUGGCCCUUGCAAUGACGCUCGAUACAAAUGUCGCGAAAAAGUGGAAGUCGUUGACGAUUAUGGGAGGAACGAGCUGGGGAAGUGGAAAUACUACCGCCGCGGCCGAGUUUAAUUUCUACCACGAUCCAGAGGCGGCUGCUUCUGUUUUUGCGAAGAUGCCGGCUUUGCUGGUUCCGAAAAUCGUGACUUGGGAAACGACGCUCAAGGGACAAUUUCUCGGGGAAAAGAUCAAUUUUCAUCCUGACCAAAAAACGACAAAGGGAAAGUGGCUCUGGGAGCGCUGCAAAAAGAUGGGGAUCUUUUCAAAACCUCUUUUACCAACUUUUGCAUUUGCGAUUUCGCCGCCGCCGCAGUAUUAG